CUCGCGCUGGACGCCUGUAAGCGCUCAGAAGAUGGUGGCGGCUGCGGCCACUGCGUCCCCCACCGCGCCUGGAUAGCGCCAACAACAUCUCCAUGCAGGUGUCGACGCCACCGUGACGCGCGAAAUGAUGGUCAGGUAACAGAGAGAGGACAAGCUCAUCUCACUCUGGACGAUCAGGGGACGGAAAAGCUGGACGAUGCUUGCAGCCCUGAUCCGGUGUAUCUGUCCUGGAAUUGAGCAGAAAUAUUCAGAGGUAUGAAGAUAUUCUCCCGUGUGUCUCGUGCGAUUCAAUUAAAGUGGCGGGAUCGAGGCAGCGCUCCGCUCUAACCUGUGGGACUGUUGGUGUAGGGGGGCGUGGAGCGGAGGUGGAGACCUUUCAAUUAGCCUCACUCUCUGUGGGCUUUCGCUGUCUGCCAUUUAGAGUGGGGCUCAUCUGCUGUGGGCAAACUUUACUUCAGAGAAAGGAGGGACUCAGCAGCAGCUCGUGUAGACUUCUAAAGGAUGCACCCCCGUUCCCCCUCAUAUUUCAAGCUCUUCUGCUCACGUGAGAACCAAUUUGACAGAAUGGAUUUUGUUUUGGGGCACACAACGGAUGUGACAGUAAAAAUCUUUGCUACAUAUCUCUACUAGAGAAAGACUUUUAGUGCGUAGCAUCGGAGGAGAAAACCAAGCUGUUGCAAUCAAACCAAACGUGUUUUUCUGAACACCACUCAUGCAUGUUUCCUGCAGACCUGCACACACCUCUCUGGGACGAAUCGGUGAUGGAGACUCUGCAAGGAAAGGACAGGGCUCUCUCCAGGAAAAAAGUCGCUGCUAGGCCCUGCAGCAAUAAGAGUGAGGUUAAAUAAAAGCCAUGAUGGCAGAAUUUUGGAAAUACUUUGCACACUGCAAUUCAAAAACAGCCCGUUUUGGAUCAAGAAGAUGAGCAGCAGACCUCACGCCUAUGGAAAAUCUGCAGCGGAUGAUUUUUGCAUGAGGUUCUGCUCACAUUUGUAAACAAAUCAUGAAGUUCAGGAAGCAGUGCUACGUAUUUCCAGUGGAACUGAUUGCAUCAACUUGAAUGGAUAUGUGAAAUGGACUGGAUUUGAUUCUCCACACACAUCAGAGCUCUUCUUUAUUUCCUUUCUGCUGUUCCCUUUAUAAGCUUUGUGAUUCAGUGAGUUUUCCCCACAUAUUUUCCAAUGAGUGCAACAGUGCAUGAGCAGCUGAGGGGACUUGGACUGGAGAAGAGCAUGCAGCAAGUGAUCCUCACCCUCUCAAGUGCGUCAAAACAGAGGGGAAUGUAGAGGAAUGCAGGGAUUGACGUCAAGAGGGGCAAUAAUGAACUGUUCAAAACCUUUGAAAGGUCUGCUGGGCUUCCAAGAGCCACUCCUCACCUAACUCAGUGGAAUUUUCUCUAACAAGGUUGUUGUUUUAAUUCUUUGGAACAAUCAUUGCCCUGUGCUUGUUAUACUGUGACCCCAUAAGUUGCCUUACUUCUUAAUCUCAUUUUUCUUCAGUCCCUUCUGCAUAGCCUUUGAUUUUUGAUAGAAAAUAUCACCAUGGCUUCCCCCCAGCAUCAACAACUGCUGCCUCACAACACAGAAGUCAGCUGUGACUCAAGUGGAGAUGGAGGCGUCUCUGUGAGGAUUGGCAGCAGUGUUAAACACAAGCAUGGAGGCGGGCCUCUGGGCUCAAUCGGAGGAGGCUUCAUGGGGGGAUCCAAGCACUGCAAGUACAGCAUCUCCUCCAGCUGUAGCUCUGGAGAAUCCGGAGUCAGGAGGCCGGCGGUCAAAAGCUUUCGAACACAAAGGAAGAUGCCUCAACUUUUUGAGAGGUCUGCCGGUCAUUUCUGGGACCCGAAGUUUGACUCUUCGAUCCUGGAGGAGGCCUGUAGAGAACGAUGCUUCCCUCAGACCCAGCGGCGUUUCCGAUAUGUACUUUUUUACCUGAUUGUCGCUAGCCUUCUCUGGGGAUUAUACUUUGCUGCAAACCCGUCCCGCUGUGACAAGACUGCCUUUCUCAUCCCUACUGCAUCCUUUCUCAUUUUCUGCCUGCUUCUUUUCCUCUUAACUUUUACUAAUCUUUACUCUCGCUGCUACAACCAAGCGUCUCUACUGCUCAUCCUUAUAACCUUCAUCCUGACUCUAGCCCCCCAGAUCCAGACCCCUAGUUUCAGGGAACCGGAGACUCCUGUACCCACGCUGGACUUGGAAGAAUACAGCGGCAUGGGGCCAACAUACAACCUCUCCUAUGAAAAGCUUGUAGGAGAUAGCACUUGGUCUCCUUGCCUGUCUCCUGUAGGCACCUUCUCCCUCUGUAUUGAGGUUCUACUGUUGCUUUACAGCGUCCUGCAUGUGCGCCUUUAUGCUUCUGUCCUCAUGGGACUCCUCUACUCUGUCUUUUUUGAAAGUCUUGGCUGGCUGCACUUGACACAAUCUGAAGACACUUGGAACAUAACCUAUCAGUCCGACUUGGAUACCUUAAGGUGGCUGGGCCCAGCCAAAGCUCUACUCCAUCUCUGUGCCCAUGCAAUUGGCAUCCACCUAUUUAUCAUGUCUGAGGUGAGGUCCCGCAGCACCUUCCUGAAGGUCGGACAAGCAAUCAUGCAUGGCAAAGAUCUGGAAGUGGAGAAAGCCUUGAAAGAGCGAAUGAUCCACUCUGUCAUGCCUAGAAUUGUGGCUGAUGAACUGAUGAAGCAGGGUGAUGAAGAAAUAGGGGAUAAUUCUGUUAAAAGAUAUUCCACAAGUGGUGCAGCAGCAGCUCUCUCCAGCCCUAAGAACAAUAAACGGAAGAAAACCUCCAUCCCUCGAGGCCAGAUCAUCUUCAGACCCUUCAACAUGAAGCGGAUGGAACCAGUCAGCAUCCUCUUUGCAGACAUUGUUGGCUUCACAAAAAUGUCUGCCAACAAAUCCGCUCACGCCCUCGUCGGGCUUCUGAAUGACUUAUUUGGACGUUUUGAUCGACUUUGUGAGCUCACUGGCUGUGAAAAGAUCAGUACGCUGGGAGACUGUUACUAUUGCGUGGCUGGAUGCCCUGAACCCAGGCCAGACCAUGCCUAUUGCUGCGUGGAGAUGGGCCUGGGUAUGAUUCAGGCCAUUGAACAGUUUUGCCAGGAGAAGAGGGAGAUGGUCAACAUGAGGGUGGGCGUCCACACUGGCACGGUACUGUGUGGUAUCCUGGGCAUGAAACGCUUCAAGUUUGACGUUUGGUCCAAUGACGUCAACCUGGCCAACCUUAUGGAGCAGCUGGGCGUGGCUGGGAAGGUACACCUAUCACAAGCUACGGCCAACUUCCUGGAUGAUCGCUACCAGCAUGAAGACGGCCAAGUGAUUGAGAGAAUAGGACAGAGUGUAGUGGCUGACCAACUCAAAGGGCUGAAGACCUACUUGAUCUCUAGCAGGAAACUGGAGCCUCACUCUCACUGUAGCUGCUCUCAUCUGGCUGGAUCUGAGCCCCCUGAUUCUCAGUGCCCUUCUUCCAGGAUGCACACACCUGAUGGGGCUCCUUCGGCCUGCAACCUUCCUCCAGAUACUGCUAAGUCCCCCUGUCUCUCCUGCAGUGUGGUCUUGAUACCAGCAGAGGAUCAGGUUCUGGAGGAGGGAGCAGUACACAAUGGCUGUCAGGAGAAUCACAAGACAAACAGCAGCAAGGACUCUUCAAGUCUAAAGUUUUCCCCUGCGGCUGCUACAGGGCGCAACCCCAAGGCACUAAACGGCCUGCUAAGCCCUCGGCUGGAGGCCUUGAACAACAGCCAGACGUCUCUGUGUGAGAUGCUGCAGGAGAAGGAGAAGAAGACAUGGAGUGGAGGAGUCCUGGGCAUGGACCAUUCAGCGCUUAUACCGCUACGCUCCAAAAACUUCAGGGAGAGGAGUGAUGCUCACUUUGUGGAUGUUAUCAAAGAGGACAGCCUCAUGAAGGACUAUUUCUACAAGCCUCCCAUAAACAAGCUGAGUGUCACCUUCCUGGAGAAGAGCCUGGAAUCUGCCUACCGGAUAAGCUACCAGGAGGAGAUCGAAAGUCAAGCAGCCGUGCAGACCUUUGCCAGUCCAACAUUUAGUUCUUUCCUGGACAUGCUGCUGUGCUGCUCUGUGUUUCUCUCUCUCUCACUGGCCUGUUUGCUUCGCCCGCUCGUCACCCAGCAGAGUCUGUCCACACCAGCACUCACUGUGACAUCUGUAGCUGCUGUGUUAGAGACACUAGCUCUGCUGUUUGCAGUACGUAUGGCUUUCUAUCUGGACUGUGUGCUGAACUGCACUCGGGUGUUGAUGAGGACGAUUUCUAGCUGGGUAAUGCGUCACAUUAUAGGAGCUGUCCUGGUGUCUCUGCCCACUGUGGCUGUCUACUCCCAUGUCACCUGUGACAUGCAUCUCUCCAUACAGUUCACCAUGUUCCUCUGCUGUGCUGUCAUCAUAGCAAUCAUUCAGUACUGUAACUUCUGCCAGCUCAGCUACUGGAUGCGCUCAGCUCUGGCAACUUUGGUGGGACUAGCACUGCUUGCCUUGCUCUUCAGCUCCCCCUGCAGGGUUGCUAAAGGUCUGUUUUUCUGGAGGCCAGAUGACCAGAGUAAUAUCAGCAGCAGCAACAGCUCCAUCAUCAUAUCUGACACUCUGACAGACCCAGACUCACAGCUCAGCCCACAGGGUCUUCUGGGCCCUGAGGCUUGUGUGGCCUUUUUCCUGCUCCUCCUGCUGGUCUGGUUCCUAAACCGUGAAUUUGAGGUCAGUUACCGCCUGCAUUAUCACGGCAAUGUGGAGGCUGACCAACAUCGCAUCAAGAUCCAGAACAUGAGGGACCAGGCUGACUGGCUGCUCCGCAACAUCAUCCCCAUCCAUGUGGCAGAGCAGUUGAAAGUCACACAGAGCUACUCCAAGAACCAUGACAAUGUGGGUGUAAUAUUUGCCAGCAUUGUUAACUUCAGUGAGUUUUAUGAAGAAAGCUACGAGGGAGGCAAGGAGUGCUAUCGUGUGCUAAACGAGCUCAUCGGAGACUUUGAUGAGCUGUUACGGAAACCUGUCUUCACAAAUAUUGAAAAGAUCAAAACCAUUGGUGCCACAUACAUGGCAGCAGCAGGACUCAAUGCACAGCAGUGUGCAGAUGCGGCACAUCCUCAUGCCCACCUUCGUGCUCUUUUUGAGUUUGCCCUGGAAAUGAUGCGUGUGGUGGACGACUUCAACAAGAACAUGCUGGGCUUUGGCUUCAAGCUACGCAUUGGGUUCAAUCACGGCCCUCUAACAGCGGGAGUGAUCGGCACCACUAAGCUUCUUUACGACAUCUGGGGCGACACAGUGAACAUUGCUAGUCGAAUGGAUACCACAGGUGUGGAAUGCCGUGUCCAGGUCAGCGAAGAGAGUUACUGUGUGCUCAGUGGCAUGGAUUAUGAGUUUGAUUAUCGUGGCACAGUAAAUGUCAAAGGAAAAGGUCAAAUGAAGACAUUUCUGUACCCAAAAAGCAGUGACAGCGGGCCUGUGCCUCAGUACCAGCUCUCAGUCUCACCAGAAAUCCGGGCUCAGGUGGAUGGUAGCAUUGGGCGCUCGCCAACUGAUGAGAUCGCCAGCAUGGUGCCCGCAACUAGCGUAAAUGCAAGUAGCUCCAAAACUCUAGUUCCCAGUGCCAGCGCUGGUUCUUCUCCUGCAACAGUACUUAGUCAGGGGAAGGAGAUGCUUAGCUGUGAAAGACGUCACUCCACAGAUACCUCCAAUGCCAGGCGAUCUAUGUCUCACGGUGGCAUGAUGUCGAUACCUGUCAGUAACCAAGAAGGACCUCUCACUUCUGCAAAUAACAAACAGAUCAUCAUUCCAUCCUCCGACCCUCAAAAUAGACGUCAAAGUUCAACAGCAAUGCCGCCAAAAGAGGCUAAAAAAGACAAAUGUGAUGAUUAUGACAUUUAUGUUGGAGAGUUCACAAAACUUUAGGAAUUUUGUCUCAAUGGCGCUUUUAUCAUAAAUCAUCCACCCGUUAUGCACUUGUUCCAGCCUGAAGGCAUCCACAAAAUUGCUGUACAUUUGGUUCUACCACAGGUGGAAUCAAGGAGAAAGUCCUGCUGUUUCUUCUGCAUCAGCCCGGCAGCAGCUGGUUUUAUUGUAGUCUGAUCGGCUGAUGCUAUCAGUGAAAGGACCACAAAGUGAGUGUCAGGCAGGAACAAACAAUGGAAAGGGAAGCUGUGACCACUGACUUUAAAUCUUUUUUUGCCUCUUACAGAUUGCAUUGUCUCCAAAUAACUUACUUGAUUAUCAGUACACCUUUAAUCAUUUCUUUCAUAUGUCUUUUAAGUGCCUUUAGAAUAGAAUAAUAUGUACACUAAGCCUUUUUGAGUAAGAGAUGAAUAACAUAAAGGGAAAAAUGUAAAAAAAGCAAUCUUUUUUGGAAAAAAACGCUUCGCUUUUGUUACAAUUUAACUUAGUAAACUAUGUUUUGCUAUGAUAUUUUGCCUUUUAUCAAAGAAGUUCUCAGCAAGCUGACCUUACAGUUGGAAAGUGCUACAACAUUUGGAGAUUCUGGAGAGGAAGAUUGAAUACAACACAGCUGAAAGACAAGUAUUAUUAAACUCUGCACUUGAAAUGCAUCAGAGCCUGCUCCAUGUUCAUCAUGAAAACCAGAAAACUCUUCAUGAAGGGCACAGAUGAAACUAAUCAAUACAGUUUAAGGGCAGGUGCAUGUUGCGUGAGUGUAUUUGCAUGUGUACAGUGUAUGUGUCCGUGUACAUCAUGCAGGGUUUAUUAAGGAGAGGAGUCUGUUGAAUCAUGCAGGAUGACAAACAGGAACGCAGCUGAAAAAAAAAAAAAAAAAAAAAAAAACUCUCUUGUUGCUGAUGUGGCAGCUUUGUCUCUGGCCUCAGUUUAGAUCUUUCUAUUGCCUCAGUACUGAGGCAUGAUGGUCCCUCAGCCAGUAUUAAUCAGCAUGCUUACAACAGCAGCACCCAUAGACGAGGCUCUCUGCUGGUAGUGUACGUACAUCCCAUGUGAUCCUGACUCUCACAGGGACUCAAACUGUGAUUAGUGUUGAUGAGCAUUUCAGUGAUUCCUAACAGGCACUGCUGUACCUCUAGAGUGUCUUUAGCUGUGGUUCUAGAUUGAGUAGAGAAACAAACAGCCUAGGUUUGCUAUGGAUUACACUGUGUGUUAGUUGGUCGUGCUUUUCCGACAUGGAUAAUCAAAGUGGAAUGUCACCAAUCUUAAAUAAAUGUGUUUUAUUGUAUUUAUUGUCACACAAAACUUGAACUGUUCAUGUGAAGUGCCCUAUCAUAUUUUCUAUUAUUUUACAGACAGCUGAACACACUUAAUGCUUUGUAUUUUCAGUGGCAUGAAACUCAAAUGUAAAUGUAAAGGCGUUGCACCCAAUGUAUUUCAUAUUUAUUACUUAAGGUGUUUUUACUCUUCUGUUUAAUUUCCCUGCUGUGGGUCAUACUUUUUAAGGAAAUCAAGGUGAUUGAACUGUACUGGUUUAUCCAUGCACCAACCCUCAUCUAAUCACAAGCAUAGAGGUAGAACAUUCAAGGGGGAGCUUGGAGUAGAGCCAGUUGAAGUGGUUCAGGGAUCUGAUCAGGAUGCCUCCUAGCUGACUCCUUUUUGAGGUCUUCCAGGCAUAUCCAACUAAGAGACCCCGGGGUAGACCCAGAGCUCAAUGGAGGGAUUAUGUAUCCCUUCUGACCUGGGAAUGUCUCUGGAUCCCUAAAGGGAGAUGGGAAAUGUUGCUGUGGAGGGGGAUGUCCGGGCCAGCCUACUGCCACUACAACUCAGUUCCAGAUGAGUAGAUGAAAUGGGUGGAUGGGUGAUCUCUCUUGCGAUUACAUUUUCUCCCUGUAUAUCUAUAUAUAUCUCAUCAAUAAGGAUUGUGUGCUCAGAGGCAAAACGUUGUUCCACUUAAGCUAUUCUUUGUCUUUUUGACAUUUUUGUCUUGAACAGCAAUUAAACUUGAUCUUUUUUAAAAAAAAAUCAAAGAUGGAUAUCUCUAAGGUAUCAAAAUCAAAACAUACCACCAUUUUUCUUUAAAUUAAUUUCAACCUUAUGUUUAAAGGGAUAUUUCAGCAUUUUUGAAGUUGGGUGGCAAGAGGUACUUACACAGUCAGUGAUGCAUAUACCCAUACAUACAUAUAAUAAAUCUCUUUUUUUCUCUCUGAAGUGAAAUGAUGAUGAUUAUGGCUUACAGAUAAUGAAAAAACAAAAUUCUGUGUCUCAGAAAAUUAGAAUAUUAUGAAAAAGUUCUAUAUUGGAAAGUAAUGGUGUCAUACCCUAAUAAGCUAAUUAACUCAAAACACCUGCAGAGGUUUCCUGAGCCUUAAAAUAGUCUCUCAGUCUGGGUCAGAAGGUUAUACAAUCACGGGGAAGACUGCAGACUUGACAGAUGUCCAGAAGGCAGUUGUU